CAUAAGCAAGCUGUCUGACUGGUGUGCUCUUUCGUUUCCCUCGCCUUACUAUUACUGCCACUUGAGGUUGUGUCUUCUCUUCUCUUGGGGGAAAUAAAACUAAGGAUGUUAAAUCAAAGAAUCUUCCCGGGAAUGGUUUUACUCCUGAUGCUUUUCUGCCACUUCAUGGAAGAUCAGACAGCACAGGCUGGGAAUUGCUGGCUCCGGCAAGCCCGAAACGGCCGCUGCCAAGUCCUCUACAAAAAUGGUCUGAGCAAGGAGGAGUGCUGUAAAACGGGUAGGCUUACCACUUCGUGGACUGAGGAGGACGUCAGCGAUAACGUGCUUUUCAAGUGGAUGAUUUUUAGCGGGGGCGCCCCCAAUUGCAUCCCGUGCAAAGAAACCUGUGAGAAUGUGGACUGCGGGCCUGGGAAGAAAUGUAAAAUGAACAAGAAGAACAAACCUCGGUGUGUCUGUGCUCCGGAUUGCUCUAAUAUCACCUGGAAAGGCCCCGUGUGUGGCUUGGAUGGCAAAACCUACAGGAACGAGUGUGCCCUUCUGAAAGCCAGAUGCAAAGAACAGCCGGAACUUGAAGUCCAGUAUCAGGGCAAAUGCAAAAAAACCUGUAGGGAUGUGUUGUGUCCAGGCAGCUCCACGUGUGUGGUUGACCAAAAUAAUAACGCCAACUGUGUGACAUGUAAUCGGAUUUGUCCAGAGCCUACCUCCCCUGAACAGUAUCUCUGUGGGAAUGAUGGAAUAACAUAUGCAAGUGCCUGUCACCUGAGGAAAGCUACCUGUCUCCUUGGAAGAUCCAUUGGACUAGCCUACGAAGGAAAAUGCAUCAAGGCAAAAUCUUGUGAAGAUAUCCAGUGCAGCACUGGGAAGAAAUGCUUGUGGGAUUUUAAAGUGGGCCGAGGACGGUGUGCCCUUUGUGACGAGCUGUGCCCCGAAAGCAAAUCGGACGAUACCGUCUGCGCCAGCGAUAACACCACUUACCCAAGCGAGUGUGCCAUGAAGGAAGCGGCCUGUUCCCUGGGUGUGCUUUUGGAAGUAAAGCACUCAGGCUCUUGCAACUGAAUCUGCCAAUAAAACCUGAGCCAUUGAGUCUUCAGAACUUGCUGCAGUUAUGACUUCAUAGAUUAUGUCACACGCACACAUGCGCGCACACACGAACACACACCCACACCCACAAACUGUAUGGCCUAACGGCAGGUGCCAAAGCGCAUCUCACUACAAGCCACGUUAAAAAAAAAUGCAACUUUCUUAUGGCUAUGCAGGGGGCUUUGAAAACAUGCACUGAGCUGCUUCUCCGCUGUUGUUGUCCAUAUUUAAACAACAGCUCCCCUGUAUUCUCCUAUCUAGCCAUUAAUGAAGAUCCUGAUGAAGAGGACGAAGAUGAUGACCAGGACUACAACUUUCCUAUAUCUUCCAUUCUAGAGUGGUAAAAAAAAAAACUUCCAUCAUUGUUGGAACAGCCAUUGGGCAAGAAAUUCAGUGUCCAUACUGUACAUAAGUGUAUGCUUAUUUAUUUGGCGAAGAAAAAAAUAUACAUAUAGUUGAGUCUUGUAGACAUUUAUUUAUACUGUGUCAUGGUUUAUAAUUUAUACAUAAAAAAUGUCUGGUUGACUGUACACCUUUUUUGGGAAGAAAUUUAAUCGUUAUGGGAUGAGCAGUGUUAUUUAUUGUGAGGUCUCUUGCUUGUAAAGUAAAGCUUUUUUUUUUCUUGUAAACUAUAAAUCCAUUCCUUGAGCUUAUGCCCCUCCCCUUCACAGCUCUCAUUUCCUCGUUUCCACUGAUGUUAACUCUUUUCCACUUUAACAAAACUUUGCAUGUCAGUUUCUGUUACAUUUUUUUUAAUUUAUUACAUUUCCUUCUUGCCAGUUCUGUACAUACAUCCAUGAUCCCUCGGGUAUUUGUUUACAAGGAAUCUUGACUGACCAAAAGGCGCUGUAAACAGACUUAAGUAUAUAUUUGGGGUGCAAUGAGGCGAACUUUAAGGAAACCUCUUCCCCUUGAUUUUUGUUCUUGUGAUGACAUCAUGUUUGGUGAUCUCAAAGUACUGGACACUUAAACUGUACAAUGAGAACCCAAGACCCAAAGAAAUCGGAUUAUGAAGGCUGUUAAUAGCUGUGGCUAAAUGUCAUGAGAGUAUAAUUUUUUUAUACAUUGUCACACUCAUCAAUGUUUUUAUCAGGUUGUUUCCUUGCAGAUGGUCCUGCAGUUCCACUUAAAAAAAAAAGUUCUUCUUGCUUCUCAUUCAAAGUGUUCACAUGUUAUAUCAAAGCUUUAUCAGUUCAAGUUUCUUGCUUUUCAUAAUACUUUUUUUUGAGGCAAUUUUAUAUUUUCAAACAUGGCGAGUUAAAUAUAAAUUCAUUUAAAUAUAUAGUUUUGUACUUUUCUACCAUGUAAUGUAUAUAAAAUGUGCAAUGUAUAUAAAAGUUAUAAUGUGUAUUUGUAAAUAAAUUAUGGGUGAAAAAAAUAAAAAAUUGGAUUUUUCCCUA